ACUAAACCAAAUUAUUGUUUCUAGGCGGGAAAGAUGAACCAAGAAGCACAAGUACAGGUUAUGGGGUUAUGGGGAAGUCCUUUUAGCAAAAGAGUAGAAAUGGUCCUGAAACUUAAGGGCACACCUUAUGAAUACAUUGAAGAAGAUGUUUAUGUUCAGAAGAGCCCUAUGCUUCUCAAAUUAAACCCUAUACACAAGAAAGUCCCUGUCCUCGUCCACCAAGGCAAAUCGAUAGCUGAGUCUCUGGUGAUUGUCGAAUACAUUGAAGAUACUUGGAAGACAAGCUACCCAAUCUUGCCUCGCGAUCCUUAUGAGCGCUCUAUGGCCCGUUUUUGGGCUAAGUAUGUGGAUGAUAAGGUAAUGUUAACAUUGUGGAAGGCUUGUUGGGGACCUGAAAGCGAAAGAGAGAAGAUGGUAGAAGAAGCUUAUGAGGAUUUGAAAUACCUUGAAGAAGAGCUUGGAGAUAAACAAUUUUUCGGAGGAGAGACAAUUGGAUUUGUUGAUAUAGCAGCUGAUUUUAUAGCGUAUUGGUUUGGAAUUGCGCAAGAAGCUUCAGGUGUGAUGAUCAUGACCGCAGAGAAGUUUCCAAAACUUCAACGUUGGUCGCAGAAUUUCGUUGGGAAUAAUAUUAUUAAGGAAGUCUUGCCGCCUAAGGAGAAGCUCAUGGCUCUUUUCAAAGCCCAAUUUGGAAAUAACGCAUCUAAUUAAGCGUAAUAAGACAAAGACCCUCGUACAUUUUGAAAAGUAUGUACGUUAUAUCUCGAAAGUCAGCAGUUUGUUUUAGUAAAAAAAAACAAAGUCUCGGUGUUUGUAUGAUGUCUUUGUUUUUAUUUUACGUGUCUUCUUUGUUAAACGUUUCUAACGUUCUAUAAUGGUUCGC